GAGUCGGCGUUCGCUGUACUGCGGAUACCGAUGGAGGGAAGCGCAAACUGGCGGGUACAGAAUGUCGGUAUAAUACUAUGAAAUAUAACCCAAAAUACCGCUGCAGAGUGAUGUAAAGAGGGACUGUGUAGCCCUACCCGGACGUGGACGCUACACGAACGAGGUUCAUGACAAACGAUGUGCAGCGAGGCCCCGAAACGAGUGACCGAAUACGAAUGAAAACAACAACAUUCACCAGAUCCAAGUUCAUGAUGAGCAUGGCCCGGAAGCGCAAAAGUAGCUCUCUGGAAGAAAGGCUGACUCGCUCCAAAGCCACAAAGGUGUCUGUUUCUGGGCCUCAAGCGUCCUCUGGUGCACCACUGAGUGCAGAGAAGAGGAAGAUAUCCACACCCAUCAAGGGGAAGGGCCAGGUUAUUGGCCCAGAUACACUGUCGCUGAGAAGACAAUCGCCAAGGUUCAAAUGUCAGAAGCAGACACCCUGCUCGGAGUCCAUUACUGCAGGCCAGGCUCAGAAUGGGGAGUCCCAGCUGUUUAACAGCCCAGCACAGCACCCCCUACAGGAUGAGGAGGAUACUGAACUAGGCCUGGUCAUCACCCUAGAUGAAGACAAGAGCGGAGGCCGGCGCGCCGGGAGGAAGAAGAGCGGAGAAAAGAUGAAGAGGGCCACGGGUGACAGCAAGGGAGAUGGGUCUGCCGGAAGUGGGGCAGACCAGGAAGGAGUUGGCCAGGACGGGCAGACCGAGAUCGACAUUUGCAGGCAGCUGGACAGGGAUCUGGAAAGCAAAUCUCGCCAGCACAAUUUGACCAACGCCAAUGUGCGCAACAUCAUCCAUGAAGUAAUUACCAAUGAACAAGUGGUAGCCAUGAUGAAAGCUGCUAUCAGAGAGACACAGGACAUGCCUAUGUUUGAGCCGAAGAUGACACGUUCAAGGCUUAAAGAAGUGGUUGAAAAAGGAGUGGUCAUCCCAACAUGGAACAUCUCUCCCAUCAAGAAGUCCAGUGAAGUGAAGCCUCCCCAGUUUGUGGACAUCCAUCUGGAGGAAGAGGACUCCUCUGAUGAAGAGUAUUGCCCUGAUGAAGAAGAGGAGGAUGAGACUGCAGAGGAGACGUUUUUGGAGAGUGAUGUAGAGAGCACGGCCUCGUCUCCCCGGGGCAGUCGAAUAGGGCGGCCCAGGACACCCGUGGACAAUUCCGAGUGUGACGAGGACAGGAGCUGCAGUCCCAGACAGGGAUCCCGGCAGUCCAGACACCUAAGGGUGGAGGUGGUUCCCAUGGGCCCCCCUCCGCCCCCGCAGCCUGCUGGUCCCCCACGCCCCCCGAGGGCCCCUCCUGACUGUACCUUCAUGGAAAAACUCCACGCUGUGGAGGAAGAGCUGGCCUUUAGCCCCAUCUGCAUGGAACCCUACCAGAUGAGCGAUGGUGGGGAAGAGGAGGACAGCCUGGUGGCCUGCCGCACUCGCUCCAAACGGCCGCUCCGGGACGUCCCGCUGGGCAGGCUGGAGGCGGAGCUGCGGGCCCCUGACAUCACCCCCGAUAUGUACGACUGCAGCUCUGCCCUGGAGGACCGGGAGUGGACCCAGUGGCUGCAGGGUCUGAUGACGUCUGACAUGGAGAACGAAGAGGAGGGUGACGAUGAUGAUGACCCCGAGUACAACUUCCUGGAGGACCUUGACGAGCCCGACCUGGAGGACUACCGCAACGACCGUGCCGUUCGCAUCACCAAAAAGGAAGUGAAUGAGUUGAUGGAGGAGCUGUUUGACACGUUCCAAGAUGAGUUGGGGGUGCAAGAACAUGAUGAAGAAGGGCACGAGGAAGAGGAGGAGAGGGAGGAAGAAGUAUUCCCUCAGGCAGCUCCUAAAUUCAACGUCCCACAAGCCAUCCGGUUCGGGGAGCCGCUGGCCAACAUGCUGACGGAGCGGCACCGCACAGUGAAGGAGCAGCUGGAGGCUCUUCACCAGCGCCGGGCGCUGCUGGAGAGCCAGGCCAGGGCCUCCCAGAGCACCCCGGGCCCCCAGGUGCUGCUGGUGCCCCAGCCCUGCGCCCUCAUUCUCACACACCCACAGAAACUGCAGCUGCAGCAGCAAAUUCAACAGCACAUCCAGCUGCUGACCCAGGUUCACAUGUUGUGCAACCCAGUGGAAAGGCUGCAGAGUGAGGCCAACACCACGCAACACUUCCUGUCAGAGCUGCAGUCCUUUGCCCAGCGCGGGGAGCAGGCCCGGGGCGCCGUGGAGCCAGGGUUUGUUAGCAUCUUCAGGGCCUGCAACCUGCAAGGGGCGCUUUCUCUGCUGGAGGAGCUUCGACUGUCCCCCACUCCCAUCGUGACGCCUAACCCAGCAAGUUCCUCCAGCGUGCGCUCGUACCCUUUGCUGCCUCCAAAGCUGGCCUGGCUGCUGGCCACUCGCCCUGUCUUCCUCUACCCCGAACUUCUGCCCCACUGCAGCCUUGACCCUGCCCUUCAUCGCCCACGCACCAAGAGUGGCUAUACCAAGGGGGAGGACAGCCUGAUCCUCUUGGGCCUGAAGCACUUUGGUGAGACAGAGUUUCCCUACCAGCUGGUGUGUCGCUACCUGAUCCGUACCAAAACCCACGAGCAAAUACGCGGGCGUGUCCAUGACAUGUGCCUUCGCCGCGCCCCCGACAACAUCUUCAAGUUCUACCAUCAGCAUAAGAUCAUUCCUCCCUUGCCGCUGGCAUGUGGCAGGGUGAUGCCUGGAGAAGAGCGCCCUCCGGUGGAGAGAGAGGAAUCUAUCAUGCCCGUCUGGCUACGGAAGAGUCUGCCAUAUAUCCACAAAGCAGUUACUGAGUACAAUCAACAGCAAGAGCAGGCCACCCCUGAAACAGGUCCCCCUCCUCCCCCAUACAUCUUCCCCCCUGGGACUCGCUACCCCCCGGUCCUCCCCAAAAAUGUCACGCUACGCCUGCAUCCUGCUGGCUUCAAAACCUUGCGCCCUCCUUCCGUGUCCAAGCCACGCCCCCUCCGUGGCUACAGACUGCCUUCCUUCCCUUCGUUGGCCAAAGCCCCUGGAAAUACCCCCACCCAAGGAGUUGUUCUGUUGGCUAAAGCUCCUUUCACUCCUAUUCAGGGGGCCCUCCCUUUGGCUACAGCCCCUCUCACCCCUGCCCAUGGAGCUGUCCCCUUGAACACAGCAUACUCCAUGCCCCUAAAUCCACUGUCUCAGUGUUUUGGACAGGAGUCUGGCUGCGCCGUUCUCCCUGCCCACGAUGUUCCUUCGGUGACCCCUCCUGCCUUGCUCCAAGUCCCCACUGCGGCUCCCCUGAACACCCCCCUCUUCAGUCCGGGAGGAGUAACGGCAUGCAUAAUGCAGACAGCACAGCUGCAUGCGGAGAAGCCUAACCCACGGGUACGACCCCGCAAGCUCCUCCCUAUACAGCCUGCACCCCCAAAGCCUGCCACACAGCCCCUGCAGCUACACAACAUCUCAGCAGACGGGGGCGUCGGCGCCUUGAGUUCGGGCGGAGCAGCGGCAGCGGGAGGAGCAGCAGGAGCAGCAUCACGUGCAGGGGGGAGGAGUAAAGCGGGGAGGAGGGGAGGCAGGGCCUGCAGCAGCGCCCCGCCCCCGGUGAUACUCAAUCUGACCACCCCAGCCGGCGCCACUGUUAUCUGCCCCGCCCCUGCUGGCGAGGGAUUGGUCAGGCCCUCCGCGGAGCCCACCCCUCCGCCGCAAGAUCCCGUCACUCAUCCCAACGGAGCCCUUGCACGGCUCCGCAAACUUGUGAGGCCGCUGUUGCCUGCUCCUCCCAGUUUGGACUCUCCCCAAAACUUCCCUCCCACUCCUCCAGACAGCGCCGUCAAACUGAAAUCCAGCCCCGUUUUCUUCUCACACACUCCGUCCCCACCCCUAAGGACAUCCUUGCAAAAUGACACAAGCCCAAACACUCCAGGAGUUACCGUGCACGACGAGGAGGACAUAUCAGGGGACUGCACCUUUGAGAAGGCAGUGAUUGAGACUCUCCCCAUUCCUGGCCCAGAUAACCCCAACACGCCCAGUAAUGCCUCAGAUUUUGUGUGCGCGGGUCCGCUGACGGUGAACACGGACAGUGCUGUAUUUGAUUCUUGCACCACCUGCACUGAAACAGUGACCUCGUCAGUCAUAGUCUGCCAAAACUCACUGCCCUCCUCAGCUCAGACAGCAGUGUCACAAACUCUAAGCCAAGACUCCUCAGGGGGCCCCCAGUAUAUUCUGGUCCGCACUGCCUCACAGGGUGCACCCCAGUUUCUGCUUGUGCCCCAAAACUGCUUGAUGACACCUGUACCGGCCACAAAUGUCUCUGCAAACAUAGACACCAGUAAUCUCCCCUUGGGUCAGUCAGGAGCACCCUGCUUCGCUCUAGCCCAAACACCAGGUGACCUCCCAAACACAGCCGAUCAAAAUGAAUAUGAGACUUUGCAACCCCAAAAUGAAUCAGACCACACAGGAGUCACACAGCCUGCCACAGAGUUACCCUCAAACAAAGCAGGUAGAACUCCUCAGAGGGACGGGAUCGAUCUGGAGAAACUUAUGGAAGGGCUUGAAGCGUGGAAAGAGGAGGACAACAACGCGGAAAGAGAGGAAUGGGAAGAAGAGGAGGGCGGAGAUUUUGGGGGCACCCUCCUGGCUCUGUCAGAGUCCACCGGCAGCCCCGCCUCAAGCCUAGACAGCUGCGCUGAUGCCCUGGAGAGGAUGAUGGAUGCGGAGGAGGAGAGGGGAGAGACUUGGAAUGGGGCGGUGUCUUCAACUCCCAGGCCCAGUCCACAGCAUGAGAUAGAGGGAAUGGGGGAGGAGGGAGAGAGUGAGGGAGAGCGGGAGGAAGAUGCCAGUGGAGAAGGAGGUGAACAGAGCGCCACAGAGACAGAGAGCCAAAGAACAUGUGUGGAACUAAGCGGCCACAAAGCAAUGUGGGGGGCAGUUACACUGAGCACUGGGACUGAGGGUCAGGAGCAGUCUGGAGGAGGAGGAGGAGGAGAGAAGGGAGACAGGGAGGCCGAGGAGCAGAGGAGGGGAGACGGAGACGGGAGACAGGACAGGGGCGGAGAAGGACAACAAAACGGGAGGGGGGAGGACGGGGAGAGGAACGGAGGCGGGGAGGGGGAACAAGGUGGGGAGAGGGGAGACGGUGGAAAGAGGGGCGGAGAUGGAGAGAAGGAUGGAGACGGAGAGAGGGAGAGGCAAGGAGGGGAUGAGGAGGAGGAAGAGGACUUUGAUGACCUCACUCAAGACGAGGAUGAAGAGGAAGUGAUGUCGUCAGCUUCGGAGGAGUCUGUGCUGUCGGUGCCAGAGUUGCAGGAGACCAUGGAGAAGCUGACCUGGCUGGCCUCAGAGGGAAGGUUGUGUGGCGAAGGGGACUCGGAGGAGGACAAUUCCCCAAACUCCCCUAAUUCUCCCAACUCGCCCACCUCCCCAGUUUCCCAGAAUUCUCAGGAGGAGAACUCUGAAGAGGAGGAGGAGGGGCCACCGAAGGGGGAGGAGUCUGAGUCUGGGGAAGGCGGGGCUUGCAAACUGCCUGGCGGGGAUACACCUCAGGGGGCCGGCCCACCUCAGGCCAGCGGGAAGGCAGCUGGUCGGGGCAGAGGUCGUGGGCGCCCUCCCCCCCGCAGCCUGAGGCGCAGCCGGCGCCAGGAGCGGGACAGCAAGGACGCGUCCAAACUGAUGCUGCUGUACGACGAUCACAUUCUGGACAACGACCCGCUGAGGGAGAGCAAGGACAUCGCCUUCGCCCAGGCCUACCUGAACAGGGUGCGUGAGGCCCUGCAGGAUGUUCCCGGGAAGGUGGAGGAGUUCCUGGGGGUGCUGUACGAGUUCGAGCAGAGCGGCGAGGGGCGCAGCGCCGUGGAGCUCUUCUCCCAGCUGCGGCCUGUGCUGAGAGACUGGCCCGAGCUGCUGCGGGACUUCGCCGCCUUCCUGCUGCCGGAGCAGGCCCUGGAGUGCGGACUGUUUGCAGAGCAGCAAGCCUUCGAGCGAAGCCGGCGCUUCCUGCGCCAGCUGGAGAUCAGUUUUGGGGAGAACCCCUCCCACUACCAGAAGAUCGUGCGUGCCCUGCAGGGGGGUCCUGGUCUCAGCCCUGCUGGCAUAGAAGAGCUGAAGGCUCAGAUGGCUACCCUCCUCAAAGGCCACACCCACCUUCAAGGAGAAUUCUGGGUAUUUUUUGAUGAGCUCCGCCCACCCCCCUCAAGGCCAGGGCAGUUUGAGGAGGCAGCCUGGCCGGAGGAGGGUGGAGGUGUGACAGAUAGUGGGGACGGUGGUGGUGUGGGGCCAGGGGGAGGGGCUAGUGGAGGGUUUGAGGAGGUCACACUCCCUGAUUUGGAAGAAGAGGAAGAGGUUCACAAGAUGCCACCAAUGACAGCUAGAAGCAGGAGAAGGAAAGAGCUGGGCACCCAUAGUAACGACAAGGAAUGUGAUUGGCCGGAGAAGGACUGCUCCUGCCCCUGCCAUGACGUAUCGCAUGAAGGCAAGCUUCGGAAGCACAAGAGGAAGGGAUGCUCUCGUUGCCAUACCAACAAGGUUUCUGACUCGUCCAGGGCCAUGAAGAGUCGUGAUCCCUCAUAUCCUGGUCCCAACAGUCCCCAGCUGGACAGCCACGCAGAGAGGAGAGUGGAGGAAAGGGAGGAAGAGAGGGAAGAGAGGGAAGGAGAGAAGGAGGUGGAAGCAGAAGUCAAAGAGGAGGGAGGCAGUGAGGCAAACAGCCCACAUCCUGCAGAACAAGGGGCACAGCUUUGGGAUGGUCCUGAGGCGGGUCCUAUCCCCAACUCUGAGGAAAGGGAAGAGGAGGAUGAGGAGGAAGAGGAGUGGAAGGAGGGCGAGCGAGAGGGAAGCCCCUCUCCUAAGAAGAGUAGGAAAGAUGGAGACGGAGCGGUGGUGUGUGAUGACCCCCUUGUCGUAGUGUCAGGGGAAAGAGAUUCAUCCCCUGCCUCUCUUCACCCCCGUCCCAGCCCCAGCUCUGACCCCCCUGUCUGUGCCAAAAACAUCUCCCUCACCCCCAGCGGGGAGAAAGUUAUCCUCUGGACAAGGGAGGCGGACCGUGUGAUUUUAACAGCCUGUCAACAGCAGGGAGCCAAUCAGAGCACCUUCCAGGCUGUCUCUGCACAGCUUGGCAACAAGACAGCCAGUGAGGUGUCUCGGCGGUUUCGGGAUCUGAUGCGCCUCUUCCACACGGCAGCCCGACAGGUCAGCUCAGAGGACGAGGCCAGUAAUACUGAGCAGCAGUCUGCCACCGAUGAGGAGUUGGACUGAGCAGAGCCUUAUGGGACAGAACCAGAAGCAACAGGACAGAUGCACACGUGGAGUUAUCAGUGAGGCAUUCAGUGACAUUGAGCUGGAACAAAUGUCAACAGAAGUUUGCCAGAACCAAAAAUCGGACAGUGGCUACAGAGUAGUCUCAUUAUUUAUUAGUUGUGUUCCACCUGUAGGAACUAUGUACAAAGGUUAAAGUGAACAGUUAGACUGGCUGGUCAUAAUUAUUGAAGGACAAACAGAACCAACCCAAAUGGAAAAAGUGUGCUGUUGGGAAUUAUAUUAGAACCCAAUGCAGAAAUGGACUUUUGGUUGGACAGGGACACACCGAACAAGUCAUCACAAGAGACUAAACCGGCUGAAGUGAUUCAAGAAAUUAUGGUCAAAAUUACAAAAAUAUCCUUGAAAUACACCAGCAUAACACUUUCAAACAUACCCUCCCCAGUGAAGAACUUGUGUAAAUACUGUAAAUACAAAAAAGGGGUUCACAUCCCAGAAUGUAUAGUAUUUUUUAACACUAUCUUUUUUUUAUUGCCCUGUGCUGUGCUUGUAAAAUUUGGAAAACUUGAACAUACAGUAUUAGUAAAUCCUGUAUGGAUGGAAGCAAAUGUGUGAAUAAAGUCCUCUGCAAGAUGUUUUAUUUAAAAA